AUGCCGCUCCCUUUUACAGGUGAACUUUCACAGAAAAGCAGUUUUAAGUUCACAGAAGGGGUUCGGAUGACCUUCAGAAGCUGGGCGUCCAGCGUUUCCACUUUGGCCUCGCGUUUUAACAUAGUGUGGCGAGAGCCGACCUCCCCCGACAGACCUGCACUCGGAGGCACAGCGGCUCGCUCCAGCCGCCGGGUCGCGUCCGGGUGCGGAGCUCAGAGCGCCCGGGGCCGCCCUACCCGGGCACCGGAUUGGGCGGAGCUGGGCCCUGCUGGCCGAGCUCAUUGGAGGGAGCGGCAGGGGCGGGGCGGGCUGGGUGCCGACCGGGCGCGCGGGCGGCGGAGCGGGCGCCGGGCCGACCCGGCCUGCGGGCGGCGCGAGGUCCUGAAGCCGAGGCGCGCCGGUUGGGGCUACCGUGUCCCGGGCAGUCUCUGCGUCCGCAGAACGGCCACUCCGAGACAGCUUCCGCCAGCGCCCUCCUCUGCAUCCUGCGCCGGCCGCUCCGCCGGCGGGGCCGCGCACGGGCGCCGCGGGCCGGCCAGCUGUCGGGGGCGGCGGGCGGCGCGGGACACAAAGAGCGCGCGAGGGCGGCAGACGCGGGACGGCGCCUUCGGCCGCGCCCGCCGGCCGCUCCAAGGCCGCGGAGACCAUACGGCCCCGGCCCGCUCGCGCACCUCCCGGCCGGAGGGCCGUCGGCCGCCGAGCGGGCACCGGGAGCCGGGAAAAGUUGGCGGCGCGUCCGCCGCGGGGAGGCCCGGGGCCGCGGGGGAGAAAAGACACUUUUUACAGAGCUGGGAGCUCAUAAACGUCUCAAAAGAAAGAUGCUGGAUAAUUGGAAAUAAGAAUUUGAGUUUCCUGGUUUUCUGUGUGUGUACAACCCAUAGGAAAUUCUUCCCAGUAAAUUCCUGUAGCCUUCAGACAUUUUCAAGAGGCAAAGGACCAGUGGAUUGGAUUGGUGACUGCAGCUUUGUCAGCAGCCAUGACUCCAUGUCCCAGGAUGCAGGGCAACCCAUCUGGGGAAGAGCCGAGGAGGCAGAGGAUGCCCUUCUAUGCAAACUACGGUGGCAGGACCAGCCUUCCACCUCCCUGGAGGUGAUCUGUGCUCUGGAUGUGCUGACUUGGAGAAGCAGGGCAACAGUGGAUACCAGCAGCCUGCCUUUGCAUUCUUCUUCAGAUGUGGGGAACUUCAGCCCAAACUGCCCAGGGCCCACCAAAGGGUGUGACAUCGCCUCCUGAUAGGCAGGACCAGAGGGCUUUGCUUCCCAGCCACACCCAGGUCCAGGGAUGGGUGCUCUGUCUCCUACUCCAUCCUUCAGGGCAGAAGUGAUGGGCUAUUCAUACUGUUACCUGAGGCCGGACCAAUGUGGAAAGACUUCUCCAUUCCAUAAGUGGCCAAAAACAAGCAAGCAAAACUUCCAGAGUUUUCUCACAGAACUUUAGUGAAAAUUUUUAAAAUUCAUAUUUUAUUAUAUAUGUAAUAAUGGAUAUAGUUAUGUAACUAUUCCUUUAUUUUAUGGAUUUAGUAUGUAUAUAAUUUCAAUAAAUUGUAGACAGACAUAGAUAUUGUCUUCUAGGAAGUUUGCUCAUAGAUCCUGAUAUUGCCAUGUAUUGCCAAAUCUCGUUUCCCAUGGGAAGGGAAAAAGAUUGUUUGUUACAGGUAAGGAUUGGCUACAGAGAUGUUCUUAUUUUUAUAAAUUUGGAAUUUGUUCUACAGCCCCCAAGAGUAGAGACAGAAGUGAGCCAGGGCCAAUGGAACUGGAGAAAACAGGUUAGAUUCAAGCGUCAGUUUGUGGAUUGCACUCAGAACAUGGUAUUUAGCUAGAUGUGGGACAUCUAACAACAGUCCCAAAGCAUCUACAGAACAACCUCUCUGCAACUCACUGGAGGCAACUCCUGGUCUGGCCCAGCCCACCUUCCAGCCUCCUGCCCCCACCCGCCCACUAUGCAGUCCGUGUUUACUGGCACCACACACCCUCAUGUUUCAUGAGUUUACACACUUGUCACCCUUCCCCAUGACUCUCCAUCUGGUGAAAUCCUAGCCAUGCCUAAGCCCCAGCCCCAAAGCCACCUUUUCUGCUAAGCCCUCAUCCACUCCCCCUUCCCACUUCCUGCAAACUAACUAAAUAACUGGCCCCUGCUUCUAGGCCUCAUAGGACUGUGUUCACUGUGUAAAGCUCCAUAGAGGGUCAGUCACCCCCGUCUUUCACACUGCACUGCAAGCUCCUCCAAGAAGGAGCUUGGCUUAAUUCCUUUUAUUUCCCAAGUUUCUAGCACAAUAUUGGCACAUAAUAGGAAAUAGUAUUUCUUAAAUAAAGAAAAGGAGAGAGGGAAAGGAAUUCCAGUCAAAGGCCUUUCUAAUAAGAAUCCUGUGAAAAUCUCAAAGGAGCCUGACUAUGGCCAUGGCGUUGGGAAUGGAAAUUCAAAAUUAUGAACAGAUUAGACUGGACCAGUGAUCAAAUAUAAGGAAUGAGAGAGAAGGACCGGAAGAUGAUUUGACCAAGUUUCCUGACCUCAGAGACAGAGACCAUAAACCAGUUAUUGAUUGAAAACACAGGAAGAGUAAGAAUGGGGCAGAGGUGAAUUUUCUUUCCAACUCUUCACUUGAUACCGAGAGGGACAUUCAGUGAUAGAUGCUUCACAGAUAAUUGUGUAUUCAGAGCUGACACCUUAGGAAGGGAUCAGAGCUUAUAGCGCAACAGCAACAGCGGAGGAAACUAUGGUAUGGAUCCCAUGUUAGAGAAAAGGACCAAUGAUUGGAUUUGGGGUUCUGCCUCUAAGAAAUGAGAAAAAGAAGAGAAGGCAAUAAAGGAAUCUGGAGAGAGCCAGAUGAAGCCAUAUAAGAAAACACAGUGUCACAGGAGCCAGUGGAAGAAGAGCCAUUCAAAGAGAGCAGGAGGCCAGGGCUACAGGAUGUUGACAAUGAGCCAGAGGAGGAGGAUGCAGUCACUCAAGGUAACCCCAGAGACGCAGCCUCACCAGAUGGGAUGUAGAUGGAGCUGGUAGAGGGAGAAAGUGAAAACAGUGAGUGUGACCUUCUCUUAGAAAUGUUAGUCAUAACAGGGAUGAGGGAUAUUUCCACUCAUUCUGUAAAUUAUUUCUAAUUGUGACUACAUUGUCUUUUAAUCGAAUGUUGGCUUAAUCAAGUUUCAUUAAAGCUUUAACUGCCCACA